ACAAUAAAAUGACAUCACUGAUCUGUUUGCCCCUAGGAGAAGGAAGUGCUGGUGUUUCCUCAUCAAGACAGGGAUGCCUCUCUUUGGGAGUAUAUUCAGCCCAAAGAAGACCCCUCCUCGGAAGUCCGCCUCUCUCUCCAACCUGCAUUCUUUAGAUCGGUCAACGCGGGAAUUGGAGCUGGGCCUUGACUAUGGAACACCCACCAUGAACCUGGCGGGGCAAAGCCUGAAGUUUGAAAACGGCCAGUGGGUGGCAGACUCGGUGGUGAGUGGGGGUGUGGACCGGAGGGAAACUCAGCGCCUGCGCAAACGAAACCAGCAGUUGGAAGAAGAAAACAAUCUCCUGAGGCUGAAAGUGGACAUUCUGCUGGACAUGCUUUCAGAGACCACUGCUGAGUCCCACUUAAAGGACAAGGAGUUGGAUGAACUGAAGAUUAUCAGCCGCAGGAGGAAAUGAAGCGCCUGGGAACACUCGAGAGACUAGAAAGAGUCCCACGGACCAGGGGAGGAGGAUGUGGCCGAGCCCUUUGAUUUUUAGUCAGAUUAGUAGACUUGCCCUAGAGGAGAGCAGUAACAGGCCCUGGCUCCCCUGGACUGGGAAUGGAGAGGUGACACAGGAAGCAAGCCCCAGGAAGGUCUGGAAAUAGUGAGCCUUUGGUCACAGUCGCUAGGUGACAGCAUCCAACGCUCCAGGUCUCAGAGUCACCAGGUUUCAGACAGCUGGCAGCUCACCUCUUCACACUGGUGUCUGGGGCCAGAGAAAACAUCACAUGAGGGUUGCACAAGCCAACAGCUCUGGCCUGCCUGCCCCACCCCACCCCCACUCCCAGCCACACACUCUGCCUUGGGGAAGCCUCAUCCCCAAGCCCACAGCCUCUUCUGUCAUCAGCAAGCUCCAGCCUCCCACAGCACACUGGGUUUACUCUG